AUGGCUCCAGCAAGGAUCGUCGAAGACGUUCCGUGGACGUCCCCCGCUUACCAACCCGAGCCUUACGAUGGCCCUCCACGCAACGUCGCGUAUAUUGAUGCCAUCAAGUUCAACGAGAGUGUGAAACCACCCAAGUACGAGAUCUUGGGCACGGACCCCAACUCUAAGAUCCUUUUCCUGGAUGUCAGUAUCUUGGAAUGCACAGGAAAGCCACCCUAUCGUGGCGACGUGUUCAUACAAGGGGAACGGAUCAAGGCAGUCGGCAAUGUCGCCAACAAGGACCAGUUGCGGCAAGAUCCGGAUGUUCGAGUGUUCCAGGGAAAGGGAAGAACAUUGAUGCCGGGCCUAGGUGACUCGCACACCCACUUCUCCUGGAACGGUGGUGAUCUCGCUUCUCUGGGCGGCUUGAAUGUUGAAGAGCACACUCUCUUGACCGCCCGUAGCGCCAAAUGCUACCUGGAUUCCGGCUACACAAUGUGCUAUGGUGCUGCAUCUGCUAAAGAGCGUCUCGACGUCGCCAUUCGAGACGCUAUUUAUGCAGGUGACAUUCCAGGACCACGGUCCCUUGCCAAUGGCAAGGAAAUGGCCAAGCAUGACGGUGACCUUGAAUCGGCAAUCACUGCAUUUGCAGACACGCCCGAGGAGAUGAGAGAAGUCAUUCGACAUCACGUUGGCAUUGGAGUUGACAACAUCAAAUUAGUCAUGUCUGGAGAAGAGGUAGGGUCCCAGACUCAGGACUGCUAUUUUACAGACGAGGAGACGGCUGCCUGCGUGGAAGAAGCACACAAGGCAGGUAAAUCCAUCUGUGCACACGCUAGAGCGAGAGACUCUGUGAAGAUGUGUGUCAAGCAUGGAGUGGACGUCAUUUAUCAUGGAUCUUAUAUCGACGAAGAAGGCAUGGACUUGCUGGAAGCCGCAAGAACCAAGCAUGUCGUGGCUCCAGCUAUCAAUUGGCUCGUCGCAACCUUGAACGACGCUGCAGCUUUCGGUUAUUCCCAUGAGAAGGCAGAGCAAGUUGGUUAUAAAAAGGAACUUGAGGUGGCAUUGCGAGGCCUUCGUGAGAUGCAUCGGAGAGGCAUUGUAGUCCUCCCUGGCGGUGACUAUGGAUUCGCAUGGACUCCCCAUGGAACCUAUGCUCGUGACUUGGCCCACUUCAAAAACUUGAUGGGCUUCACUGCCCACGAGUCCAUUAUCGCCGCCACCUACGGCGUGGCCAAAGUCAUGAUGCGUGCCAAUGAGAUGGGUCAGAUCAAGGAAGGAAAUUAUGCAGACUGCAUCCUCGUUGACGGCAACCCAAUUGACAACAUUGACAUCCUCCAGGAUCACAGCAAGCUGAAUGUCAUUAUGAUCAAUGGUCGCGUCCACAAGGCUGGGAGAAAGGAGUAUGUGCCGCCGCCUGUAGUGGGACAGGAUGAGAACAAGCAUCCCAUCGUGCCAGAUGUCGCGAUUCGAGAAGGAAAACCAACCGUACAGAGUUAG